AACAGGGCGGUGUAAGUGUAAGAGCAGCUUUCAGACCUUUUAGACCGGUUUGGUUUCUCACCGAUACCGAGGAGCAGCAGGACGCCGGUCAUAUACCUCUCUAUCUGGGAUAAAGAACAACACCGGGACCUGGCACGGUAACUAACCGGGACCACGAAUACUCAGCUACUUACCGGAUACAAAAGAAAUAACGUCAAAAGGUUGGAAGCAGGGAUAUUUAGCACAACUUUGGAGCUGUCAGUUUGCUGUGAGGACCUGGGAGAAGUCUUCCAGCCAGAGCCCGAGGGAGGAGGGGACCCCACAAGCGGCCCAGGAUCCACAUCAGCGACCCAAGAGCCGGGGAGCAUAGAGCCGCAGUAGCCGGAGGAGAGGAGGGAGAGGCCGGCGUGUCUGUGGGCCAGCCAGCGGUGGACCUAUAUAGUCAAGUUUGAACCUGCUUAGGGAGAAGUAAUCACUGGGUGCCGGGUCAUCCGGACAGAGACCUCAUGAAUGGAAAUCGGAACAACAGGAGACGUUGGACCAGCCGCUGAACCCCCAGUCCUCUUUGCGUUGCCACGGCGACCCGGCUAUGGCACCCUUGGGAAGCCCAUCAAGCUUCUGGCCAACUGCUUCCAGGUGGACAUACCCAAGAUCGACGUCUACCUGUACGAGGUGGACAUCAAGCCCGAUAAAUGUCCCCGCCGGGUCAACAGGGAGGUGGUGGACUCCAUGGUUCAGCAUUUUAAGGUGACCAUCUUUGGCGACUGUCUGCCAGUUUACGAUGGGAAGAGAAGCCUCUACACUGCUAGCCCACUUCCUGUCGCCACCGGCGGGGUUGAUCUGGAUGUCACCCUGCCAGGUGACGGUGGGAAGGACCGCCCCUUUAAAGUCACCAUUAGGUUUGUGUCGUUGGUCAGCUGGCACAUGCUGCACGAAGUCUUGACGGGACGCGGCGUGGCCGAGCCGGUGGACCUGGAGAAACCCAUCAGCACCAACCCCGUUCACGCCGUGGACGUCGUCCUUCGACACCUGCCCUCCAUGAAGUACACUCCCGUCGGGCGAUCCUUCUUCUCCUCCCCGGAGGGCUACGAUCACCCGCUAGGUGGAGGAAGAGAGGUUUGGUUUGGCUUCCAUCAGUCAGUACGGCCGGCCAUGUGGAAGAUGAUGCUCAACAUUGAUGUGUCGGCCACAGCUUUUUAUAAAGCCCAGCCAGUCAUCCAGUUCAUGUGCGAGGUCCUGGACAUUCACAACAUUGACGAGCAGCCUCGCCCUCUCACCGACUCCCACAGGGUCAAGUUCACCAAAGAGAUCAAAGGUCUUAAAGUGGAAGUGACACACUGUGGAACCAUGCGUAGGAAGUACAGAGUCUGCAAUGUAACACGACGCCCUGCCAGCCUCCAGACGUUUCCGUUGCAGCUCGAGAGCGGUCAGACGGUCGAACGUACAGUGGCGCAGUACUUCAGAGAGAAGUACAGCCUGCAGCUGAAGUACCCCCACCUGCCCUGUCUGCAGGUGGGCCAGGAACAGAAACACACCUAUCUGCCCCUGGAGGUCUGCAACAUCGUACCUGGACAGCGCUGCAUUAAAAAACUAACCGACAACCAGACGUCGACCAUGAUCAAAGCAACAGCCCGCUCUGCACCAGACAGACAGGAGGAGAUCAGCAGGCUGGUGAGGAGUGCAAAUUACGAGGCCGACCCGUUCGUCCAGGAGUUUCAGUUCCGCGUGCGAGAUGAAAUGGCUCAGGUGACGGGCCGCGUCCUGCCGGCCCCCAUGCUGCAAUAUGGCGGCAGGGUGAGCUCUGAACCAUUUAUGUCCCAGCAGAUCAACCCUGCACUGUCGUUGCAGAACCGCACGGUGGCCACACCCAGCCACGGGGUGUGGGACAUGAGGGGGAAGCAGUUUCACACCGGAGUGGAGAUCAAGAUGUGGGCCAUCGCCUGCUUCGCCACCCAGAGGCAGUGCCGAGAAGAGAUCCUCAAGAGCUUCACUGACCAGCUGCGUAAAAUCUCAAAGGAUGCUGGGAUGCCAAUCCAAGGCCAGCCGUGUUUCUGUAAAUACGCCCAGGGCGCCGACAGCGUGGAGCCCAUGUUCAGACACCUGAAGAACACCUACGCCGGGCUGCAGCUCAUCAUAGUCAUCCUGCCUGGGAAAACACCCGUCUAUGCUGAGGUGAAGCGGGUGGGCGACACCCUCCUCGGCAUGGCCACUCAGUGUGUCCAGGUGAAGAACGUAGUGAAGACGUCGCCUCAGACCCUCUCAAACCUCUGCCUCAAGAUCAACGUCAAGCUGGGGGGAAUCAACAACAUCCUGGUUCCACACCAACGGCCCUCUGUGUUCCAGCAGCCUGUCAUCUUCCUCGGGGCUGAUGUCACUCAUCCUCCAGCAGGAGACGGGAAAAAGCCAUCUAUUGCAGCGGUGGUGGGCAGCAUGGACGCCCACCCCAGCAGGUACUGCGCUACAGUGCGGGUCCAGAGGCCCAGACAGGAGGUCAUCCAGGACUUGGCCUCCAUGGUGCGAGAGCUCUUGAUCCAGUUCUACAAAUCAACCCGCUACAAGCCAACCAGGAUCAUCUUCUACAGGGACGGAGUGUCAGAGGGACAGUUCAGACAGGUGCUGUACUAUGAGCUGCUGGCCAUCAGGGAGGCUUGCAUCAGUCUAGAGAAGGAAUACCAGCCGGGGAUCACUUACAUUGUAGUACAGAAACGCCAUCACACACGUCUCUUCUGUGCAGAUCGCAACGAGCGGGUUGGACGAAGUGGAAACAUUCCAGCUGGCACCACAGUGGACACAGACAUCACCCACCCCUACGAGUUUGACUUUUACCUCUGCAGUCACGCUGGAAUCCAGGGUACGAGCCGGCCUUCCCACUACCACGUUCUGUGGGACGACAACUGUUUCACCGGGGACGAGUUCCAGCUCCUCACAUACCAGCUGUGCCACACCUACGUCCGCUGCACGCGCUCCGUCUCCAUCCCAGCACCGGCCUACUACGCCCACCUGGUGGCCUUCCGCGCCCGCUACCACCUGGUCGACAAAGAGCACGACAGUGCGGAGGGCAGCCACGUCUCAGGGCAGAGUAACGGCAGGGACCCCCAGGCGCUGGCCAAGGCUGUUCAGAUCCACCACGACACACUGACGACCAUGUAUUUCGCCUGAACGUCCCCCUCAGCUUCCCUCCAUCUUUCCCAGCCAGUCUUGGUGUCCGACUUCUAUCAGCAGCAUCGACCCAUCACCAGAGGGACCCCAACCCCCCAACCCCCCAACCACCCAACCAAGCACCACCACCACCACCUCCGUGCUGGUGCAGCUUCGGUCACUGGAGCCAGACGAUGCCGGCGGCUGCAGGCUGCGUAAGGAUGUAAUAAGCCAGAGAGGAGUUACAGCCACAUUAUGCAAUUUGAAACCAGCCAAUCGUUUCUGUGCUACUGCCCACGCAUCUCUCUCUCACCUACACCUCCUCUGCUGUAUUUAAAUCACAAUGGAUUUUGUCACAUCCUCGCCUUCCAGUUUUGACAACGCUGUGUGUUUUUAAAAAAAAAUAUGGCGGAGCAGCAGGAAACACAAAAAACUGAUGAUUUUUUGGUGCAUGGGUGGAAGCAGAACCAGUGAGGACCUGACGUGCUCCGUAGCCUCACGCUGAGCCUAUAAUGUUGCUGGUUUAUAUUGUAGACGGUUUUACAUGUUUGUGAGUUUUCAGCUUGUCUAGAUACAAUACUGUAUGUGUUAUUUCUCUCUUGAAGCAAAUGUGUGAUCGCCACGGCAACGUGUUAGUCGCUCGUAAAAACAAAAGCUUCGCCCCUUCCCCCCCCCUCAAAACGGCCAUAGCUGUCUCCCUUUAAGCCAACGGUUCCUCACAGUCAUUCAGCCAGACAUUAAGAAGCAUAACUCUGCACUCUGAACACUGAAUGAAAUCUUAAUUUUUAUUUUU